AUUGCUUUUUAGGAAGUAAACUGCUAAAUAGGUGGAGAGACCAUCAGCCCCUCCCCCCUCGCACUAUCUCUGCAAUCUGCUCUCCUAAUAUGUUGAGACUGAAACAACCUCUCUUUGUUUUCUAACCAGCUAGCUACUCAAGUGGAGCAAAAACACCAAGUGCUAGUGGUCAUGACAACGUUUGAUCUAUUCUCGUCAGUUCGAGAUGGGAACACGGACAUUGUACGUCACCUUCUCCAGUCCAAGAACUGCCGAGCUCGGCUAAACCACCGCAACGAGUGGGGCGACACUGCCCUGCAUCUCGCAGCCGAGGCUGGCAACGGGGAAAUCUGUCAGAUGUUGAUAGCCGCUGGAGCCUCUGUAACCGUCAGGAACAACCGUGGUGAGACUUGCCUCCAUCGAGCAGCUGUGGGAGGUCAUGUGGCAUCUGUCAGUGCUAUAGUCGGGCGUGAUCAGGACCCAGAGACAGUAGACUCACAGAAUGAUGCCGGCUACACUGCUCUCCAUCAUGCAGCCAAGCACGGCUCCAAGGAGCUCAUCGAGAUCCUCGUUAAGGCAGGGGCCGACCGCCUGAUUGAGAACAAUGCCGGGGAAACCCCCUACAUGGUGGCUCGCAAGUUUGAGCAGCUGGAGGCAGAGAGACUGCUCCUCAACGUGGAGCAACAACAUGCCGAUAGUGCCAUCAAGGAGAUGAACCGCAGAGAGAAGGAGCUGAUCCGUGCUUACAUCAGAGCACUCAAGUACGCCAGUCACACCGAGUCCAAGGCUCGCAUUGUCCUCACUGGAGCCAGGGGAACAGGCAAGACCAGUCUCAAGAAGACCAUGUUUGGUGAACCGUAUAAUCCCCAGGAGCGCCCGAGCUCUGGUAUCUGGGCAGACCCAUCCACCACACGAAUAACGUUCCGACAAUACAGGGAGUGGGUCCAACAACCGGCAACAAAGGACGACAGCCAUCGCCUCAAUCUCGAGUACAUUGACAGCAUCAUCGACUAUGUGAUCAAGUUCCUGAGGCAGCCACGGGUUGUUCAAGAUGAGAUGAUAGAAUCCAUGGGCUUCCAAAAGGAGAAAGAACGUCCAAAAUCGGUCAAUUUCAACGCCACGGAUAGUAUCAUCCCGAACAAGCCCUCUCCCACUGAACUAUCAUCAAGUAGCCUCCUCGCUAACUCUGCUGAACCCAACAACAAAACCAUGGCAACUGACACACCCCCUUCCGACCAUUCGUCCCCAUCUAGCCCCACCUCCGUUAGCAGUGAGGGAUCAGAGGUCAGCAUCAGAGGAAUACUCCGCAAAACUCCCGGGGUAGUAUCAAAACACCAACCACCACCAAAUCCAGCCAAUGAGGAGACGAAACGAAACGAAACUGUCCAAUGGCAGGAAGAAGUACACGUAAAUGAUAACCCAUCGACGACGAUUGGUGUGCGUAUUAAAGAACCCUCAGAAGACGACGAUCGAAUCAGUCGUCUAGUUGAACUGGACCGAGAAAUAACUCCCACUACCAGCCCUGACUCUCCAGACAGCUACCUCCUGGCCGACCCGCCCUCCACCAACGGACGUGUUUCUCCUAUCAUGAAACCCCGGCUAAACCUGACACCUUCGGCUGCAAACCGCCAGGAGAGCAGUCAGAGCUCACAGCAGCAGGCCAAGGCCGAGUCUCCUCCUCCGCCACUUUUUAACUUUAUUCGUCCGACACGAGAGCCAUCGCGAUUACUAGCGGAGAAAAUGCCGUCAGAAAUGCUGAGGAGAAUGAUAAUUCGAUGGCCGGUUGGAGACGAACAGUUUCAAGAUCGCUCUGAGCUCAACUCAAAUCGCCUCAUGAUGAACGUGUGGGACGCAUCAGGUGAUCCCCUGCAGUUGAACUUUGUACCCUUCUUCUAUUCCGAUCGCUCCAUUUUCAUCACUGCCUAUGACAUCACUCAUGGUUUAGACGAUGUGUGUGAAUCUUAUCAAUCUAAGGAUCUCCGAAACGUUGAUGGAUCUUUCCCCACGAAUGCCGAAGUACUGGAAAGUUGGAUUGGAUGUGCUACUGCCCACACUAAAGAGACGCCAGCCUUACCUUUCAAGUGUACCAACAAGACACCAGUGCUACCACCCAUCAUCAUCACCUGCACAAAGAUCGAUGCCGGUAAAGGCCAGGAGUCUGCAACCGAUUUUGUCCGGUUUUUCGACCGAAAGUCUUUCGAAACAUACCAAAAGCAUUUGGUCGAGUACUCAAAUCCGACAGCUGUUGGAGUGAGCAACCACUCGGAGACAAUCUUCAACAGCAGCGAGGAGCUGGACGAAGAGUUUCACUACAGUGGGCACCAUAUUUUGCGUCGUGAAGUCGACUAUUUGGCUCGUCAGAUGCCGUACAUUUGUGACGAGGUUCCGAUUCAGUGGGUCAAGUUUGAGCAACUAUUGUGUGGUCUACAGCAGCAAAAGAAAGUGAUACUUCUGUACGAUGACCUCUCAAAGUACAUCAGCGAGCAUUGUUCGAUGACUGGGCCACUUCGUAUUCUACCGGUUCUCUCUCAGUUUCACGAUAUGGGCACGAUUGUGUUCUUCUAUCGACAUCCCGAGUUGAGCAAGUUGGUGAUUAUUCGUCCACAAUGGCUGGCCUCGUCGCUUGGUUCGAUCAUCACCUCCCAUCCCGGCAACUGGGUCACUCCGGAGGUACAGAAUGCAUUCACGAAGCUCGGCAAGAAAGGAGUGAUCAGUAGGGACAUGCUGAGUCUGGCCUACCGCUGUGCACGCAUGGGCCAGAGGCACUGGAACGAAAUGUUGUUCAUUCUUAACUGCAUGGACAUUAUCUGUUGUCAUCCUUCACUGCACGAGAAAAAUUCGUACUAUCUACCGGCGAUGGUCGUAGUUGGAGCCCCCGAUCCGUUCUACAUCCCCAUGGAUACAGACCCCACCCCCCUCUACUUUACGGCCGGAGAGUCUGCCCUUCCUAUUGCUAUCUUCACCCAGCUUGUAGUACGCUGUGUACGAAGUUGUCAGUACGAGCCGACCUUCUACUACCAAAUGGCCCACAUUCGACUCAACUCCACACACCAUCUCAUUCUGUGGAAGGAGCACACUUCAAUUGCUUGUCUUGUGCAAUCAAACGUGACCCAUUUCUGCUCAACUUGUCAGUCGAAAGAAGCACAAUACGAGUUCUCCCCCACCUGCUCAAGCAUAGCACACCUAAUAGGGGAUCAGACCGAUCUUAUGCCAUCAGAUAACAUUUCACGGUUGAUUGACUCGUCUACAAACAGCGGAGUGGACCCGAAGCUUCACCUAUCGCUAUCAGACGACUGUACUACGUUGGAGAGCGUCUGUCCACAAGUGCUGCGUUUCCUCAGAUCUAAUCUACAGUUUUUGUGCGACUGUUGGUUACCAGGGCUACGGCUACACAUUGCCGAACGAACGAGUGCCUCCACGCCCGUUGUGCUGAAUCAGCACUGGAGGCACACAGUAUUGAACGUGGGGGAUGCCCCCAGUAAACUGCAGGUGUGGUUUGAAUAGGGACAACUAGCGAACGAUUAUUUUACACUCUUAACAUUACACAGGUAUAAUAUAUUUUUGUGAAUUCUUUAUAACAAGUCACUUAAUUAAUUGCUAUAAUUAUUCUACGUUUUCAUCACUUGAAUUAUGCUAUAUACAUUUUUGCCCAAUUAUUUUGUACAAUUCAUUAACUAUUAUUAUAUAUAGGCGUGCCAAAAAGCUUAAUGAUC